AUGAGGGAAUACUAUUUGGGCUUUGAUAAAAUCCAUGUUUUGAAAUUUCCCUCAUUCAUUGUACAUAUAAAGCUCCCUCGAUCCCCUAAUACUCUAAAGACGGCAAACCUUCCUAGUAGUUCUGCUAGCUACUCUUUGAGAUUGAUUUACUUCUUUUGCUCUCACAAGUGUGAAAUAAGUUCUGGUUCUCUAAGGUUCAGAAUGUCUCAACAAUUGAAUGAUGAAUCUCCCGUUUCAGACUCGGCAACACUGGAAGAGUCCUCUAACCCUAAUAGGGUCCUUAAGGUUGUCCCUUUAAGGACAAUUAUCAGUGACGAAAUAAAGGCCACAAAGCCUAAAACGACUCAUGCAAAACGACCCAAGGAGGGUAUUCACAACAAGGGUACCAAAUCCUCAGCAUCUGCUACCAUGGAGAAACUUACUAAAGAAGGAUCCAAGAGAAUCAUCGUGCCUGGAAUAUCUAUUCCUCUUCAAACCAUAAUGGCUGAUCCCCUCAAUAACACCAGUAAGGCUGAGGUUGUUCACACCGUUGAUAGUGACCUAGAAAUCAACAAGGAUGAACAAGGGGUUACUAAGAAUACCAAUGUCACCAAGGAUGUCAAUGACAUUGACAAUAAUGAGCACCCUAAGGCCAAUACUGAAACUGAUACUAAUGUGGUAGACUUAGAUGAGUACUCUGAAGAGGAAUUACUUACUACCUUGAAUCCGAGUGUAGCCAACAGGCUAAUGACAAGAAGAAAAGGAAAAUCUGUUGUUCAAGGAUCACCAAAAGGGAGCACUCAAGUGAACAAUCCUGCCAAAGACACUAUCAGAAAGAAGAGUACUUCUGCAGGACCUGUCAAGAUCAAAGCUAUUACCAAGCGUAAAGGGGUUGGUCCUUCAAAAUCUUGGAGCAGGGUUAUUCCAAGGAAAAGAAAAGAGCGGGAAAUUGUUGAACCUGAAUCUGAUGUUGAAACGAAUGUCCCUGACAUUCCAUCAAGGAAGAAGCCUACAACUAGUAAGCUUGCUGCUAACAUCCUUGAAGUUCCUAUUAAUAAUGUCUCCUUCCACUAUGCCUCUAGUGUCAAUAGAUGGAAAUAUGUUCUCCAAAAGAGAUUGGUUGUUGAAAGGGUAUUGGCUCCAAAUGCUCUUGAAAACAAGGAGGUCCUAAAGCUGAUUCAAGAAGCUGGACUGCUAAAAACUGUGUGCAAUCUUCCCAAAUGUUAUGAGAAGUUGGUCAAAGAAUUUGUGGUAAACCUAUCUAAAGACUGUGUCAAUAGAAGAAUUGAAGACUACAGAAGGGUGUUUGUAAGAGGUAAGUGUGUAUUGUUCUCUUCUUCUGUGAUUAAUAAUUUCUUGGGAAGAACAGAUGAAGCUCAACUUGAGCUGGAAGUAACAGACAACCAAGUCUGUCAAGUGAUCACAGCCAAGCAGGUAAAAAGCUGGCCCAUGAAAGAGAAGCCAACUGCAAGUAAGCUGUGCUUCAAGUAUGCAAUGCUUCACAAAAUAGGAGCAGCUAAUUGGGUUCCAACAAAUCACAAGUCCACUAUCUCAACUGUGCUUGGAAGAUUUCUGUAUGCUGUAGGAACAAAGGCAAAGUUUGAUUAUAGAGCAUAUAUUUUUUACCAAACCAUGAAGCAUGCUGGAAGCUUCAGUAUUAAGGGUCCAAUUGCCUUUCCAUCCCUCCUGAGUGGUAUAAUUCUGGAUCAAUAUCCAAACAUUCUCAACGAACAUGAUGUAGUGUGCAAAAGAGAAAGUCCCUUGGCUUUCCAUUACAAACUGUUUAAGGGAAAGCAUGUUCCAGAUAUUGUCAUGACAUCGGCUGAAACUUCCAAAUCUGGAGCAUCAGUCAGUAAAGCAGAAGUCAUAGCAAUACUAAAAGAGACUUGCAAAGAAAUGGAAGCUAGAAAAAUGUCUCUUGAACAAAUGAUACGUACUCUGGAAAUGGAUGAGAAUGAGGAGUUUGCAGAUACAAAAGAGAUGGAAGAUAAAGAUGAUCAAGAAGUGGAGGAAGAAAGUGUUAGUCAUGCUGAUGACUCUGAGAAAGAAAGUUCUUCAGACACCUCAGCUGGAUCUGACUCUGAGUAG